AUACCCUCCACAUUGUUGAUUUAUAUAACGCACUUUAUAAUAAAACCUUUACACACUAGAUAGGUCCUAUUUCUAAAGUAGUUUAAUUGUUGCAUUAACAAAACUUUUCAAUUUCUAGCCUAUACAUCUCGAUGACCAAUCUUCUCUACCUCGCCUUGCCCCAUCUUUAUAUCUAUCCUUUAUCCUCGACACUACUGGCAACCAUACUCGACCCUACGGUAUUCCCGUCGCAAGAUGGAUAAUGCUCGCGAUGAUACGCCGCUACUUCAGGGUCAUGGGCCUCUCAGUGACUACCAGACAAUCGCCGCGGUUGGCGGGUUGAGCGAAACACACACGGAGGAACACGAGAGAGAAUCCAUCAGCCAAGAUGCACAGGCCGGCGUCCAGCAAAUCGAGGCUAUCGCCAUGGUAUGGACACGGACUGACCUCAUCAUUGCCUACAUCUUGAUCUGGGUCGUCUACUUGGUCAUGCUGAUUCAGCAGAACACGGCAGCGGUACUGUCUCCUUACAUCACCUCUGCUUUCCGAGAUCACUCUCUGACACCCACUGUCGGUAUACUGAGCAGCAUCAUAGGAGGGGUGUGCAAUUUGACAGUGGCCAAGAUUCUCGACAUCUUUGGGAGGCCUCAAGGCUAUGGUUUGUCUCUGCUCAUCGUAUCCAUUGGCCUUGUCAUGAUGACGAUGACAACCAGUGUUGAAAUGUACGCAGCUGCUCAGGUCUUCUGCACAGUAGGCAACAGUGCCCUGCUCUACAGCGUCAACAUUUUUGUAUCCGACACGUCGUCCCUUCACAAUCGUGGCCUCAUGACUGCGCUGACGUCCUCGCCCAACAUCAUUACAACAUGGCUUGCAGGACCCAUCUCACAGGCCUUCUUGAACGGUCCUGGCUGGCGGUGGUGCUUCGGAAUGUUUGCCAUCGCGGUUCCGGUCAUGUGCUCCCCUUUGUUUGGUCUUCUGGUCUUAAAUUCCUACAAAGCCCGACGACAGGACCUCAUUGCGCCGCAGAAACAGAUGAGGACCUUGUUGCAGUCUGUCCAUUAUUACUUCCACGAGUUUGACGCCUUUGGGUUACUGUUGCUGACGAGCGGACUUGCAAUCAUUUUGCUGCCCUUCAACUUGUAUGCCCUUCAGGCAGAUGGAUGGCAAUCACCACUCAUCAUCUGCCUGCUGGUGUCCGGUGUUGCGCUUAUCGUUAGUUUCAUCCUUUGGGAAAGAUUCUAUGCGCGUGUCACGUUCAUACCAUACUCUCUCCUCUUGGACCGUAACAUGGUCGGUUCGUGUAUCCUCGGCACCGUUUUGUUCAUUAGCUAUUUUUGCUGGAACAGUUUCUUCAGUUCGUCGCUGCAAGUGGUGAACAACCUUGGCGUCACCGAGGCGAGCUACAUCGUCCAAAUAUAUGGCCUCGGCAGCAGCAUCUUUGCCAUCGUGGCUGGUUUAGGCAUCCGUUACACUGGACGCUUCAAGUUCAUCACCCUGUUUGGCGCCAUCCCCGUCUACGCUCUGUUUAUGGGACUCAUGAUAUACUUCCGCGAGCCCAAUGGGAACAUUGGCUACAUAAUCGUGUGCCAGAUCUUCAUAUCGUUUGCUGCUGGAAUCAUCAUGAUUACACCCGAAAUUGCCGCCUUGUCUAUCGCAAGCCACCAACACAUUGCGGUCGUCUUAGCCAUAGUGUCCAUGUUUUCCUCCAUAGGAGGCGCUGUGGGAUAUACUAUCGCUGGGAUAAUCUGGCAGUCGAACUUCCCCAACAAGCUUGCACUGUAUCUGCCGGAAGAGGAGUUGCCCAAUUUGAUGAGUAUCUAUGGAUCGCUGGAGGUUCAAUUGAGCUAUCCAGUCGGGACUCCAGCUCGGCUCGCUAUUCAACAGGCUUAUGCCGAUGCACAGGUCAAGAUACACAUUGCAGGGACUGCCAUUUGGGCUCUUGGAUUUGUCGCCGUGGCAAUUUGGCGAAAUACUGAUGUGAAGACGAUACAUCAAGUCAAGGGUAAUGUUAUUUAAGAAGAUGCAGGUCAUGAUUCGUCGGUCCAAGGUUUGCGCCUCAGAUCUUAAUCUAGGUAGUCACAAUACACUUCUAGACGAGGCUCCCUAUUGCCGCCCAAGGUGCUCUUAUGACAGGACAAGUGAAUUUUCAAUUCUUCGCUUAGCAGACCGGACAUUAGUCCAUCAUAUAGCCUUUUUUUAAAAUUCAAUUCAGCUCAGCAACGAACUUGUCGGUUUCUGGGAUAACUUUGUUAAUCUGCACCACAAUCACCACAAUCUGCACCACAGAGUCCGGAAUGCCAUCCAACUUUAUCCUUCCUUGCUUUCGCCUAUGUAUAAACCAAGGUGUUUUGAUCCUACUUAAUGUGUUUAUACAGCCGAUUUAAGAACUCCUCCCACCCCGAACCUUGAAAGUUAACAAGAUCGAGAAUGAUCAGCUUGACAUAAAAAGC